AAAAGUUACAAGAGGUUGGCAGAGAAGAAGAAGAAGAAGCGCUGCUCGUCUAUUUACACACACAAGUCUCUGCCGGGCUCAGCAGCAGCGGGGAGAAGAGGAGCAGGGCUAGCUGCAGCGCUAGUAUAUCGGGCUAUACAUCGUGGCAAAGGAUAUGGAAGACAUGAACAUGUACGAGGGUUCUAAGCAGUACAGAAUCAGGGGGAAACAUGUGGCCAUGAUAGUAGGGGCAGUGGUGGUAGUGGGGCUAGCUGUGGGGCUGGGGGUAGGACUUACAUAUCCAGAGCCUUGUAAAAAUACUAAUGGAGACACGAUACCGACUUCAUCUAGCAGCAGCACGUCCUUCGGCGCAUCGGCAGCCACUAUUAGCAAGACAUCUACUACUACCACUACUAGAGGAACAUCUUCUACAACUACUACUACUACUGCCAGAAGCACGUCCACCGACAGCACUACUUCCCCUGCACAGCCGGCCUGGGAAACUUGCCCCGUUAAAGAUGACCCCAACGGACCGUGGACCGAGUUCCGACUCCCAAAUUAUAUCAUCCCCCUGCACUAUGACCUGGAGGUGCAGCCUUUUCUAGAGGAAGACACGUAUAAUGGCACGGUGACCAUAUGGCUGAAGGUGCUCCGCACAGGGUUAAGGCACUUGUGGCUGCACAUCAGGGAAUCUAAGAUUACACAUUCACCCGAACUGAGGAACAGCGCCGGAGACCACAUCGCACUCCACCAGUGCUUCGAGUACACAGAACAUGAGUAUCUGGUGCUGGCGUUUGAUCGGGAAUUGCCGACAAAUGCGAACGAUAAUGAAGUUAGCGAUACUUACCGCCUGACGUUGAAGUUUGCUGGAUUUUUGAAUGGCUCUCUGGUGGGAUUCUACAGGACAACGUACCAGGAAAAUGGAGUGACCAGGAGUAUUGCAGCCACAGAUCAUGAGCCAACAGAUGCGCGUAAAUCCUUCCCAUGUUUUGACGAACCCAACAAAAAGGCAACCUAUUCAAUAACCAUUAUCCACCCGAACACUUAUAGUGCACUGUCAAACAUGCCAGAGAAGGAUACUGUUGACUUAGGAAGUGGGUGGAAGAAAACUAUAUUCCAGAAGUCUGUUCCCAUGAGCACAUAUUUGGUUGCCUUUGCUGUCCACCAAUUUACAUAUGUACAAAAAGUUUCCAAACGAGGGGUUCCUCUGCGAAUUUAUGUGCAACCGUUGCAAAACAGCACAGCAGAGUAUGCCGCUAAUGUCACCGUAGUCAUUUUUGACUUUUUUGAAGAGUAUUUCAAUAUGACCUAUUCUCUUCCAAAGCUUGAUCAAAUAGCAAUACCUGAUUUUGGCACUGGAGCUAUGGAGAACUGGGGACUAAUCACAUACAGAGAGACUAAUCUGCUUUACGAUAUUGAUGAAUCUGCAACAUCCAAUAAGCAGAGAGUGGCAUCUGUAAUUGCACAUGAGCUCGUACAUCAGUGGUUUGGAAACAUAGUAACAAUGGACUGGUGGGAUGACUUGUGGCUAAAUGAAGGCUUUGCAAGCUUCUUUGAAUAUCUUGGAGUAAAUUCUGCAGAAGAGUCUUGGGAUAUGAUUGACCGGAUUAUAAUUGAUGACCUGUUACCUGUAAUGAGAGAUGAUGCGUUAUUGUCCUCCCACCCGAUCAUUGUCAGCGUCUCAACCCCAGCAGAGAUCACUUCCGUCUUUGAUGCCAUUUCAUACAACAAGGGGGCCUCCAUUCUGAGAAUGCUGGAAGACUGGAUUACGCCACAGAAAUUCCAAGAAGGAUGUCAGAAUUACCUAAAGAACUACCAUUUCAAGAAUGCCAAAACCGAUGACUUCUGGGGUUCCCUGGCAGAGGCUAGCGGCAAACCAGUGAAAGAAGUUAUGGAUACCUGGACUAGACAGAUGGGUUACCCAGUACUUAACGUGGAAUCAGGAAAUAAUGUUAUACAGCAAUGGUUUCUUUUGGAUUCAACAGCAAAUGUAACAGAACUAUCUUCUCCAUUUAAUUACACAUGGAACAUCCCAGUAACUUAUUAUUAUGCAGCUUCCAAUCCUAGUGACUUACAUACUGCUCUCUACAAUAAAUCAGAUACAUCGCUGACCUUGACUCCAUAUAAUAACUCUGCUGUGGAUUUCUUUAAAAUCAACUACAAACACUUUGGAUAUUUUCGAGUAAAUUAUGAAAUUCCAGCUUGGCAUCAGUUAGCCGCAUUGUUAAAUGACAAUCAUGAGGCUUUUACUCCAGGAGAUCGAGCUGGACUCAUUGAUGAUGCUUUUGCCUUAGCUAAUGCUGAAAUAUUGGAUUACAACAUAUCUCUCGAUGUAACAAAAUAUCUCCAGCGGGAGACAGAUUAUCUACCCUGGCAGAGAGUGAACUCCGUCCUCUCCUACCUAAAUGAUAUGCUGGAAGAUGAUGAUACCAUCUAUCCAAAAUUCCAGGAGUAUUUGCGCAGACAAGUUAACCAAAUCACGGAUAAGCUUGGAUGGUAUGAUAAUGGCACUGAUGUAGAUAGACUCCUCCGACCUCUUACUUUGGGGCUUGCCUGCAAGAUGGAAGACCCUGUCGCACUAGACAAUGCAUUAACACUUUUCAAUGAGUGGAAAAAUGGGAGAAGCAUUCCGGUGAAUCUCAGGCAGCUGGUGUACCGCUAUGGGAUGCGGCAGGCUAAUGAUGAAGAAUCUUGGCAGUUCAUGUUCCAGCAGUAUCUAAACACUCCAUUAGCUCAAGAAAAAGAAAAACUACUGCAAGGACUAGCAGCGGCAAACAGCAUCCCACUUCUGGACAGGUAUCUCAAAAGUAUUUACGACACCGAUCUUAUUAAGACCCAGGACGCACUGAAUGUAAUUUAUUACAUAUCUGUAUACAGCAAGCUUGGAAAGCAAAUGGCUUGGGACUGGGUGCGCAUUAACUGGGACUAUUUAGUCAGCAGAUAUACUAUCAAUGACCGAAACCUUGGCCGUAUUGUUUUACGAAUAUCAGGGACAUAUAAUACACAGACCCAACUGUGGCAGAUGGAAAAUUUCUUUCAGCGAUAUCCAGAAGCCGGGGCAGGAACAACCCCAAGAAAACAAGCACUAGAAACUGUCAGAAACAACAUUGCAUGGGUUGCAAAUAACAAAAUUGGCAUCAAGUCUUGGCUGGAUGCAAACGUCGCCCCCUAAUUUCAGCACCACCCUGAACAUCAGCAGUUUUGCAUGUUUAUGUUGGAAUACCAAACCUUGGUGCUCCUGCUGCUUAACUUCCAUCAUUUCAAAAAGAAAAAAUUGUGACAAAAUAGUCCAUGAAUCUGAUCUCCCAACGCAGCUCCUAGAUAAUAUGCAGAGGCCAUGCAGUAUUUUCCCUGUGCCCAUGCACCAUUCCAGCAGGUUACUGCCAUUUACCUGACAGAAACUGUGGCUGUCUGCCGCAGGGCAUGUGAGAGUAUAUUUAUUAUCAUUUAUAACAUUCUGGUGGUGGGCUACAAAGAUCCUAACUGUACACCAUUUUGUCAGAUCUGUCUGGGGAUUCAUCCUCCUGUUCCUCAGGUAUUGGCAAAAUAAAAGUUGUCUUGUUACUUU